AUGUCCUCCUCCAUCAAAAUUGAAUCUGUCGUGAAGGAGAAGAACAGGAUGGGAGAAUGCCCCAUCUGGGAAGAAAGGGAGAGUGCACUCGUCUAUGUAGACAUUAACUCACAGAAAGUUUGUCGCUGGAGCCCACUCACCAACAAGGUGCAGAGCGUGUCCGUGGAUGCCCGUGUUGGCUCGGUGGCACUGCGGCAGUGCGGGGGCUAUGUCAUCGCCCUGGGGACCAGGUUUGCCUUUCUGGACUGGGACACCCAGGCAGUCACCACCAUCCUGGAGCUCGAGCAGGAUAAACCCAACAACAGGUUUAACGAUGGGAAAGUAGAUCCAAAGGGGAGGUUUUUUGCUGGUACGAUGGCUGAAGAGACGGCACCGGGGGUCCGAGCGAGGUGGCAAGGUGCUCUCUAUACCCUUUUCCCUGACCAUUCAGUAAUAAAACAGUUAGACCAGGUGGACAUCUCCAAUGGUCUGGAUUGGUCCCUGGACCACAGGACCUUCUUUCACAUCGACAGCCUGGCGUACGCUGUGCAUGCCUUCAGCUAUGAUGUGCACACUGGAAAGAUCGCCUGCCCCAAACUUUUGUACCAUCUAGAACAGGAGGAGAAAAUGCCCGAUGGGAUGUGUAUAGACGCAGAAGGGAAGCUCUGGGUGGCCUGCAUCGAUGGUGGGAGAGUCAUUCGUAUAGAUCCAGAGACAGGAAAAAGAAUCCAAACUGUGAGGCUGCCUACUCCAAGGAUCACUUCUUGCUGCUUUGGUGGAAAAGACUACUCAGAAAUGUACGUGACUUCUGCAUACGAUGGACUGGAUGAGACCACCUUAGCCAAGGAACCUCACGCCGGAGAGAUUUUCAAGGUAACAGGCCUGGGUGUGAAAGGGAUCCCACAGAAUUUCUAUGCUGCUUGAACGGUGACACUAAAUAACAAAGAAGAAAUGCUUGCAUCUUGUAAUAACUCUGACAGGGAGAAGUCCAGUGAACUACAGAAUUUAUCUUUGUGAGGAUUUCUAGACCCACAUUUGAGAGCAUCCUUGUUUGGAAUUGAAGAUACUCCUUCUUCUAUGGGCCCAUGGCUUGAUGCAAUAGGUUAGAGAGGUAAAGUUAAUCUGUGUUACACCUUGAUAGCUUUUGUGACUUUCUAUAAGCCUCUUCAAGUUUGAGCUUAGUUUUACUGAACUUUCUGAUGACCAGCCCUGGAUUUUCAAGACUGUUUGGUUCCCAAAGCAGAAUUUGACUCCUGGUUUGUCUCUUCAUGUUACAGUGAUGUACCAGCAAUGAUACGGCAGAUUUUACUAAACAUUUUAAGUGAUGACUUGAA